AGGAGCCACUGCCUGUGUCAGAAGGCAAAUGGGACCAAUCAACUUGUGAGCUGCUGAGUGACACCGUGAGUCCUGCCUCUGAAACUUUUGUUAUUUUUUCCCCUCAGCCUACUUCAAUUGUUUCCACAACUUGGUCACAGACUCGGACAAGUUGCCAGAGAUCUACAGGCACAUCCCACAGCCCGGAGCAAGCUCCUCUGUGCUUCACUAAGUCACACCAGGGGUGGGUGACAGCACCAUGGAGGAUUAACAGGCAAGCUCUGCAAAGGCUGUCUAAAGCAAAGAGAAGAUAUUAGACACCUUGCACUGUUCCUGACCACUGCUCUCUCUCCUGCACUCCUAAAAGCUCUGAUUUGUGCCCUCUGCUUUCUCGUUGCCAUGGAGAAGGUCCAACACAUGACCCGCUCCGCUCUCAGGAGAGCCUCAACUAUUGAGGUCAACCCGCAAGCACGCCAAAGGCUCCAAGAGCUCUUUGUGAAUUUCUGCCUGAUUUUAAUUUGCCUCUUGCUGAUCUGUAUCAUUGUGAUGCUUCUCUGAAGUUCCAGCACUUCUCUGCCCUGUCCUCUAGGAAAGUCACCCUAGGGGGAAGAGAGACCUACACAUGCAACUCCCAGUGCAAGGAUCCCCAUGUGACAGGGGCUAGCACUUGGACUAGAGAGUGUGCCAACCAGUGCUCUGUUAUCUUACUGCCUGCUACAUGUAUUAAAAACACCUUUGCUGUGCAGAACAGCGUCUAGAGCCUGUAGUUACAAAGUUUGCAUGACUCAAUUUGUCAGCCUCAAUAAAGAGAUGUCUUUACUACA